AUCCUGAAUAGUAACAUCAUAGUUUGCACUCUAAUAUCAUGAUGUAAUAGUUGUAGAGGGCGCAUGCGCAUCGUGCCGUGCACAGCUAUUAUGCAAGAAGCAUCGAUCUUUUGUUAACGCGUUUCAAACGAUUAUUUUAAUAGUAUUAGUGAAGACAGAAGUGCAGACACUUGUAGAGUGAGCUUCAUGCAUUGUCACUUUCUGGCUGCGAACCUCAAGAAUUUUUCAACAGAUCCUAAUAAUCCCCAUAAUCAUCAGUUUCGGUUCACACAUCUGGACGUGUUCAUAUAAAGUACGGUUUUAUUGCAUUAUAUUCAUGAAUUAUGCUGGGCGACGCGUUUGCACUUCGUCUUGAAUCGCGCGUGGAAAAUAAAUCUGUGAAGAUAAACCGAUCCAAACAAGCUCUAUGGAAGAAGAGUGGACCAAAUAUACACAACAAACCCAAUAAAACAAUAGGACACAUCAACAAAAGCAGCUCUAAACCUCCGUUAACCAGCCAUGAAGAUUGUAAAGCAGCUCAGACUAAAACAACCACCAAUAAACUGUUCAAGUCCAAAACAGUAUGUGUCGAGCGAGGAAGUCAGUCCAGCAGACCAUCUGUGAACCUGAACAACCGAAGAUUGAGGAGCAAUACUCAGCAUGCUAAAACACACAAGACAUGCACAGAGAACAGCAUGCUGACCCCAGCCGAGGGAAUCAGGAACGUUUGCUCUCCUGAGCCCUCCUCAGAUGCCCAGAAGGCAUAUGCCGGAGCCAAGUUCAGCGAGCCCCCUUCACCCAGCGUCCUUCCCAAACCGCCCCGCCACUGGGUGGGUGAGUAUGUUCAUCAUCAGCAUGCUGCUGCGCAGCACAACUGCAGUCAGGAGCAGAUUUCUGUGCAGCUAAAAACCUUGCUGAAUGUCCAAGCAAAACCCUGAGAUGAAAUCUGAUCACAGAUGUGGACUUGAGAAACACGGGACUCCUUAGAAAAUGACAUGAACAAGUAACUGCAGUUUGCAAAUUUGCAGUUGUGUUGGGUCAACCUUGAGUUGUGGAAGUGUAAAAAAUGAAGACAUUUUUUUCAUGUUAUUUUAGCAUGUUUUGGCACUGAAGCUCAUUUAACUUGUAUCAUGAUAUUUUUUAACUGUUGCAUUUAUGUUUUCACAAUAUGGCAUGGGUCAAGUCACAUGCAAGUCAUAUUUCAAGCCAAAAUCAAAAGAAAAAAUAAUAAUAAAGAAAUUAUACUUUGUGUAAAGAAAAUUAAGGUGCAUUUUAGGACUAUUAAGAUUUGUUUUUGACAUUUUAAUUUUGAGGGCUUUUUUGUAAUUUCAGUUAUAAUCAUGAUUCUCAUUAUUUUUACUGUAUUAAAUCAUUACUGUAAUGCAGUGUUGUUGUUUUUUUGUUUUUUUUCAAAUUAGCAUAAAUUAAAUUUAGUACAAGUACUAUCAAACAAUUUUUUUUGUUGUUGUUGUCAUUACUGCAAAAAUAGGCUUAAUUUUCUUUAUGCAAAAUAUAAUUUCUUCUUUCUUUUGAUUUUGUGGUGAAAUAUGGAAAUGUCCUCGACAGGUUUUAUGGGAUUAAACCUCAUAACAUUUUGCACAGGACUAAAGAACGAAUGAGACAUUUGCAACUGUGUUUUGCUGGUGGUUCCAUGCCCAGAAUGCACUGCUUGUGUUGGAAAAUCCUGAUUUAGAACUGAUGUUUUUUUUUUUUUUUGACCUUAUAUUGAUGCACUCUGGUCAGUGUAUACACAAUCACUUGUGUUGGUUUUCAAGCACUGAUAAAAUAUGAGUUUCUAUUUGUUUAUAACACUUUGUUUAGAACUGUCUGAAGCAUAAUUUUGCACAUGGUCUGUUAGUGUUGUGAUGUCAAGCUUGAUUUUAAUUUAAAGCAAUAGUUCACCCAAAAAUGAAAAUUCCCUCAUCAUUUACUCGCCCUCAUGCCAUCCCAGAUGUGUAUGACUUUCUUUCUUCUGCAGAACACAAAUGAAGAUUUUUAGAAGAAUAUUUCUGCUCUGUAGCUCCUCACAAUGCAAGUGAAUGGUGCCCAAAACUUUGAAGCUCCAAAAAGGACAUAAAGGCAGCGUAAAAGUAAUCCAUAAGUCAUUGCAGCCUCUAGGCAGGAAGUGUAAUUGAGCUUGAUGAUUUCACGAUUGCCAAGACUGCAGAUGUCAAGAUUUAUAGUGAAAAAGGAGUUAUAUUUUGGUCUGUUCUUCUCCAAAAUUGAUUGUAUCGCUUCAGAAGACAUGGAUUAAACCACUGGAGUCAUAUGGAUUACCUUUUUGGAGCUUCAACAUUCUACUCAUCAAUCACUUGCAUUGUAUGGACCGGCAGCUCAAAUAUUCUAAAAAUCUUUGUGUUCUGCAGAAGAAAGAAAGUCAUACACAUCUGGGAUGGCAUGAGGGUGAGUAAAUGAUGAUAGAAUUUUCAUUUUUGGGUGAACUAUUGCUAUAAGACAUUUUUUUUUUUUUUUUUUUUUUCAACAAUUAUCAGUUGUAGCAUAGAAAAAACUAUGCAGGCUAAUACAGUUGUAAUAAUAUUCAUUUUAUCUUUUUAUUCUGAAUUUACUGAAAUAAAGAUUAUUGGUCCU